GUUCUCAGAACCAUCAUCUUAUUUUCUUUCCAUGAAAAUGGGUUCAAUCGGAGAGUUCAUCAUGCUUAUCACUAUAUUGGCUGCAACAAUGGCAGCAGAAGAAGCGAAGCCCGGCUGCCAAAGCCAGUGCGGCAACCUCACUGUCCCAUACCCUUUCGGCAUGGAACAAGGUUGUUUCAUGGAAAGCAAAUUUUUCAUCAGAUGCGACACUUCCAACACUACAGAGCCUCCCAAAGCGUUCUUAAACAACAGCACCAUCGACGUCCUCGACAUCGAUCUCAACGGCGGCGAGUUGCGGGUCCGUAAUUGGGUAGGCUAUGACUGUUACGAUUUAUCGGGCAGCGGCAGUUUCCAAUUCGAGACAUGGCUGAGAACUGGUCUAUACAACAUAUCGAGCACCAAGAACAAGUUCACCGCCAUCGGCUGCGACACGAUUGCCUUCAUCAUGGGAAGCACCGGACAAGCUUACGCGACCGGGUGUUUCUCGUUGUGUAAUGAAAUCGGUGAUGUAACAAACGGUUCUUGCUCCGGUAUCGGCUGCUGUCAGGCGAAUAUUCCGAGGGGAGUGCGUGAUUAUAACAUCAGCCUCACGAGUUCUUCCAACCAUUCGGGAUUAUUAACCUCCAAUCCGUGUUCCUAUGGAUUUGUGGUGGAGGACGGAGAGUACGAAUUCUCUACUUCCGAUCUUAACAGAACCGAUGUGCACUGGAAACUUCCGAUGGUUCUUGAUUGGACCAUUGGGAAUCAGAAUUGCAGUGAAGCGAAGAAAGGUACUGAAACGUACUCUUGCAAAGAGAACAGUAUCUGUCGUGAACCGGAGUUUGGUAAUGGAUAUUUGUGUAGGUGUAGCGAUGGUUUUGAAGGUAACCCUUACCUCUCCAAUGGCUGCCGAGAUGAAGACGAGUGUGAGACUUUGAAGCCAUGCACAUCUGCAUGUCAUAAUACGUUCGGAGGUUUUUACUGUUCGUGUCCGAAAGGAUAUGAUGGUGACGGCCACCGGAAUGGAACUGGUUGCAGUCCUAAGGUCAAGGGAACGCACGUUGGUGCUCAGAUUGCCAUUGGGACGAGCAUCGGCUUUUUGGUUAUCUUCGUGUUCAUUUCGUGGUCGUUGGCAUUUAAGCAAAGAAAAACUGCGAAGAUGAGGGAGAAAUAUUUCAACCAAAACGGUGGGAAUUUAUUGCAACAACUUUCAAAAAGCCGAGGGAGCUCUGAAAAUGAUAAAAUAUUUGCAGCCGCAGAACUCAACAAGGCCACCGACAGCUUCCAUGAAAGCCGGAUUUUAGGACAAGGAGGGCAGGCAACUGUUUACAAAGGAACUCUACCGGGGAAUAAGGUGGUCGCCAUUAAGAAAUCGAGAAUCGGAGACCAAAGCCAAGUCGAACCAUUCAUCAAUGAAAUCAUGGUGCUCUACCAAAUCAACCACAAGCAUGUCGUCAAGCUCCUCGGGUGUUGUUUGGAGACCCCGGUUCCUCUGUUGGUCUAUGAAUACGUGACCCACGGUUCGCUUUUCGAUCACAUCCACGACGUUGUCGUCCCUGGUGCGGCACCUCGGUCUUUUCUUAUGUGGGAGACUCGGUUGAGGAUCGCCAUGGAAACAGCGGAAGCCCUUGCUUAUUUGCACUCGGCGGCUUCCAUUCCGAUCAUUCAUCGGGACGUCAAGUUGGCGAACAUACUCUUGGACGAGAACUACACCGCCAAGGUGUCAGAUUUCGGAGCUUCGAGAUUAGCCCUGUCCGACCAGGCACAAAUGACUACAAUGUUGCAAGGAACUUUCGGGUAUCUAGAUCCCGAAUGCAUGCACACCGGUCAAUUAACCGAAAAGAGCGACGUCUAUAGCUUUGGGGUUGUGCUCAUCGAGUUAUUAACGGGGAGAAAGGCGCUUUGCGGCGAAGGACCGGAAGAAGAGAAAGUUUUGGCUAAGUACUUUGUUUCAUUGAUGAAAGAAGAGCGGUUGCACGACAUCGUCGACGCUCGGAUGCUUAACAACAAUGUGGAAAUGGAGCAGGUUAAGGAAGUGGCAGCUUUGGCUAGGGAAUGUGUGAGGGUGAAGGGAGAGGAAAGGCCAACAAUGAAGGAGGUGGCGCAUGAAUUGGCAGGAUUGAAGGCAAUGGAAAGGUACCAAUGGGGCAAACGUAACUUGCAAGUGGAAGAAUCGGAGUAUUUGCUUGGUGAUGAACUGAGCAACAUUUAUGCCGAUUAUGGCACUACCAGCUCCAUAGGGUACGACAGCAUUAAGAACCAAGUCGCAUUUGAACUCGACGGUGCCCGAUGAAGCUAUUUUCACGUUGACUUGUAAUAAUCGCUUCGUCUUUUCUUAUUUGCUUUAUUCCAUAU